AUGCAUAUUAAUCGAAAGAAAGGAAUAGAGAGUGUGCAUGCAAAGCAUCAAGUCGAAAGCCAAAAAGUUCACGGGAAAAGCCAAAUUGUUCGUUCUACGCAUCAUUUCCAUCCUAAUCAACAAUAUCGACUCUUCGGAUCCUCCUCCAUCGAAAACAGCUUCGUACCACCUGCGCUCUUCUGCUUCUUCCUGUGGCAGUGCAGCUGCGGCUGCACUCGCUCUUGCUCUAAUGGCUGCUGCUUACUCCACCCCUCGCGAGCACGUCGAGAGGAUACGCAGAGAGAGGUACUACAUGGGCGAGAUGACAAGAAUCCCCUGGCUGAUGACAUCCAUCAGGCCGUCCUCUACCUCUCCGAAGAGCUUUAUUCCAAGGAUGCCCACUUCCUCAUGGAACUUGUUCAGAAUGCAGAGGACAACAAGUAUGCAGAGGGCGUCACUCCAUCCCUUGAGUUUCUUAUUACUUCGAAGGAUAUCACGAUGACUGGAGCCAAAACAACACUGCUCCUAUUCAACAAUGAGAUAGGUUUCUCUCCAUCGAACAUUGAUUCCAUUUGUAGGAUUGGUAAAUCAACAAAGAAAGGGAAACGACACCUUGGCUACAUAGGGGAGAAAGGAUUUAAAAGUGUCUUCCUGAUAUCCAGUAAGCCCUAUAUCUUCAGCAAUGGGUAUCAAAUAUGCUUCAAUGAGGAACCAUCACCUGAUUGCAACCUAGGUUACAUUGUGCCUGAAUGGGUUGAUGAGAAUCCAAACCUUUCUGACAUAAAAAAUUUGUAUGGUCCUUCAGAAAGCCUUCUUACUACUAUUAUAAUCUUGCCUUUGAACAUUGAAAAAGAGUCAGCUGUGAAAGAACAACUAUCAAAUUUACAACUUGAGGUCCUACUUUUUCUUUCAAAAAUUAGGCAACUAUCCGUGAGGGGAGAUACUGAUGAUUCAAAGUGUAAUACUGGCUGCAAGAUCUCUAUAACUGGUGAAGACAAUUGCCAAACGGGUUAUGGGAAGGAACAUGAAUGCAGAAUUAUACUCUCUCCAUCUUUCUGCUCAAGAGGGCCAAAAGGGUGAGGAGGAACAAUGUUGUUACUACAUGUGGAAGGAAACGUUCCCUGUAAAACCAGAAUGCAUUUCAAAGAAGGAAAGGUUCCCAUUCAUCAACUUCAGCUCUCUUCUUUGAGAAGGAUGCUGAAUGCCAUAUCAUACAUGUUGCAGGAAAUGUUACAUCCUUCUCAUUUGACAAAUCUUUUGUACCGAGCAGGGAGUAUUUGGCAACUGCAAAUUUUGCAGGAAAUGUUACAUGUGAAGGAUAGAUUUUGAAGUUCCUACAACAUAAUGGAAAGGCCUCUGAUGUUCCACAAGUUUAUCCUCCAAAUGCAGCUUUCAAAACUGUUUACUCUCCUUUGAUAAAGGACAAUGCAUUCUUGUUACUUGAAUGGAUUAGAAAUAUAAGAUCUUGUGGAACUAAUUUUAAGCUGCAGAACUUUUUUAACAGCAUCAUAAGUGGAAGCUGGUUGAAGACAUCAAUUGGUGACAAGCCACCUUCUGAUUCAUUCUUGCCGAGCUCUGGUUGGGAAAGACUCUUCAGGUAGCAUCAACACUUGUUGACAUACCAUUAAUCCAGAAAGAUUUUUAAGGUGAAAAGAUAUCAGACUACACUGAAGAACUUAAAGAGAUUGGAGUCAGAUUUGAUUUUACAGACACAUCACAAUUUAUUGGUAGCCUUCUCAGGACUAUGACAGCUGACUCCACCUUAACCAGCGAAAAUGUCUUUUCGCUGCUCAAGUUGGUCAUAUAUUUGGGAGAGUUAAUCUUGUCCCCUCGCUAUCUAAUUCAGAGCAACAAAACUGCAAGAUGGCUAAAAACAUCUGUUGGUUUCAGAUUAGCAUCAGAAUCCAUAUUGUUGCUUGAUUCAGAAUGGACACUUGAAUUGCAUGUCUGUAAUCUCCCCUUCAUUGACACUUCUUUCUAUGGUGAGCAGAUUGCUGAUUACAAGUUCGAGAUGCAAUUAUUUGGUGUUUUAGUUGGAUUCAACAAAAAUUAUCAGAUUGUGGUUGAUAACUUCGAAAUGCCUUCAAGCUUGGUGUUUGCUGAUGCUGCCAUUUUUAUACUUGAAUGCAUAUGAAAUGUUAACGUUCCUGAUGAUCUCAUCUGAAAGUUAUCACAGACUAAAUGGUUGAAGAACCAGCUUGGCUAUCAAAAUCCAGAUGAAUCUUUUAUGGCUUUCAUAGAAUGGGAAUUCCUUCUUCAGGUUGUCAGCGGCAUUCUGGUAAUAGAUGAGCCAAUGUAUGGCGGUAGAAUCAGGUCAUAUCAGGCAGAGCUUAAGAGAAUUGGAGUAGCAGUAACCAGAGAUGACUUCUCAAAAACUAUUGCUUCUUGACUGAAUAUCCUUGUAAAGAACACAUUGAUCACAAACAAAAAUGUUCUCGCAUUGUUAACAUGUUAUAGGCAGUUUGUCAAAAAGCAAAUUACAUUCCCACAUGAUCUUUCCCUUUUCUCCCUUGAGAAGGAAUGGUUGCAUACUAAUCUUGGAUUCAGAUCUCCAAAAGCCUCCAUCCUAUUUAUUCCAGAGUGGGAGCCUAUCUCAGCUAUAUCAAAUCUUCCACUUAUUGACGGUAAUUCUGAAUUCUAUGGUUACUCCAAUGAGAUCUAUGAUUUCAAAAAUGAGCUCCAGGCCUUUGGUCUUAUAGUUGAAUUCAAAGAGGGGGCUAAAUUUGUCAUAGAGUGCAUCAACCUUCCAAGAGAUCUUUCUGUCUUUAAUCCAGUUAGCAUUAUAUCCUUAUUUCAGUGCAUUCUUAAUCUGAAGGAAAACACAGAGUCUCUUCCAAUGGAGUUCAAGCAAAAGAUGAACAUUAGAUGGAUAAAAACAAUUCUAGGUUACAGAUUUCCAGAAGAGACCCUUCUUUUUGAUCCCAAGUGGAAAUUCCCAAGUGGAAAUUCCCAAGAAAGACGGUUCGUUUAUUGAUGACAUCUUUUAUAGAUCUGAGUUUGCUUCUUAUAAUAAGGAGCUUAAAGAAAUUGGUGUAUCUGUGGAUGCCAAUCAAGCAGGCCUGUUUCUGGCACUUCAUAUUAAGUGUCACUCUGAUAUUACUACAAUCUUGAGAGAGUACUUAUUCUUGAAUGAACAUAAAUGGGAACCUGAUAAUGAAGCUGCAGAGUGGAUUUGGAUCCCACAGGGUGGGGGGGAAUGGGUGAGCUCCAACAUGUUCAUAUUACAUGAUAAUGUUGACCUGUUUGGUUCCCAACUCUUCAUUUUGGAUAAAUACUAUGACACAAAGCUUCUUGAAUUCUUUUCAAGGGUUUUUGGUGUUCGGCUUAGUCCAUGUGUCGAUGACUACUGCAAUCUCUGGUCCUCGUGGGAAGUUUCAGCACACCACCUUACUAUGCAGCAAUGCUCCGCUUUCUGAGUCUUC